GGAGGGGUCUCGGGGCCCGGCGGCCCGUCAUUGGUUAAGAUUUUAUUCUGUUGACAUGUUUUCUUACUGCUGAGGCUUCCGACACCUUCUCCCAGGCCCCCCCCUCCCGGCCGGAGCUUGGCCUGAGCUGUCAAAACCCCGCCCCCGGAGACCCACAAUUGGUCCAAAAAGCGUAAAAUCAGCAAUCAAGGGGGGCCUGGCUCGUUAGCGCAGGGGAUCCGAGCUGGGCAGGACAUGUGAGAUAGUCACAGUUUUCCAGAGAUCACGACAAGAUCUAACCAGUCGCGCGUGGUCCCCGGCGCCGGAGCGGGCCAGCCCAGCCCAGCCCAGCCCGGCCCCGCGCAGAGCCCCCGCCGCCCCCGCGCACAGAGCCGGUGCCCCUUGCGGUGCGCCGGACGGGGAGCCCGGAGGAGCAGCUGCUGCGCCCGCCACCCGGGUCGUCCGUCCUCCGCGCGCGCCGCCGCCCGGGCCGGGGGUCCGAGCCGCGCGCCCCCGGCCCCGGGCCCCGGGCGCCUGGGCCGGAUGUCCCGAUGAGAGAGCCGGCGCUGACGGCCAGCGCCAUGGCUUACCACCCGUUCCACGCGCCACGGCCCGCCGACUUCCCCAUGUCCGCCUUCCUGGCGGCGGCGCAGCCCUCCUUCUUCCCGGCACUCGCGCUGCCGCCCGGCGCGCUGGCCAAGCCGCUGCCCGACCCAGGCCUGGCGGGGGCGGCGGCCGCGGCGGCGGCGGCAGCAGCAGCGGCCGAGGCGGGGCUGCACGUCUCGGCACUGGGCCCGCACCCGCCCGCCGCGCAUCUGCGCUCGCUCAAGAGCCUGGAGCCAGAAGACGAGGUGGAGGACGACCCCAAGGUGACGCUGGAGGCCAAGGAGCUGUGGGACCAGUUCCACAAGCUAGGCACGGAGAUGGUCAUCACCAAGUCCGGGAGGCGGAUGUUCCCCCCCUUCAAGGUGCGAGUCAGCGGCCUGGACAAGAAGGCCAAGUACAUCCUGCUGAUGGACAUUGUGGCCGCUGACGAUUGCCGCUAUAAGUUCCACAACUCGCGCUGGAUGGUGGCGGGCAAGGCUGACCCUGAGAUGCCCAAACGCAUGUACAUCCACCCAGACAGCCCGGCCACGGGGGAGCAGUGGAUGGCCAAGCCUGUGGCCUUCCACAAGCUGAAGCUCACCAACAACAUCUCUGACAAGCACGGCUUCACCAUCCUAAACUCCAUGCACAAGUACCAGCCGCGCUUCCACAUAGUGCGAGCCAACGACAUCCUGAAGCUGCCGUACAGCACCUUCCGCACCUACGUGUUCCCGGAGACCGACUUCAUCGCCGUCACUGCCUACCAGAAUGACAAGAUCACACAGCUGAAGAUCGACAACAACCCCUUUGCCAAGGGCUUCCGGGACACCGGGAACGGCCGGCGGGAGAAAAGGAAGCAGCUGACGCUGCCGUCUCUGCGCUUGUACGAGGAGCACUGCAAACCCGAGCGCGAUGGCGCGGAGUCGGACGCCUCGUCGUGCGACCCUCCCCCUGCGCGGGAACCACCCACCUCCCCGGGCGCAGCGCCCAGUCCCCUGCGCCUGCACCGGGCCCGAGCUGAGGAGAAGUCGUGCGCCGCGGACAGCGACCCGGAGCCUGGGCGUUUGAGCGAGGAGCGUGCGGGGGCGCCGCUAGGCCGCAGCCCGGCUCCAGACAGCGCCAGCCCCACUCGCUUGACCGAACCCGAGCGCGCCCGGGAGCGGCGCAGUCCCGAGAGGGGCAAGGAGCCGGCCGAGAGCGGCGGGGACGGCCCGUUCGGCCUGCGGAGCCUGGAGAAGGAGCGCGCCGAAACUCGGAGGAAGGACGACGGACGCAAGGAGGCGGCCGAGGGCAAGGAGCAGGGCCUGGCGCCGCUGGUGGUGCAGACAGACAGUGCGUCCCCCCUGGGCGCCGGACACCUGCCCGGCCUGGCCUUUUCCAGCCACUUGCACGGGCAGCAGUUCUUUGGGCCGCUGGGAGCCGGCCAGCCGCUCUUCCUGCACCCUGGACAGUUCACCAUGGGCCCUGGCGCCUUCUCCGCCAUGGGCAUGGGUCACCUGCUGGCCUCGGUGGCAGGCGGCGGCAACGGCGGAGGCGGCGGGCCUGGGACCUCCGCGGGGCUGGACGCAGGCGGGCUGGGUCCCGCGGCCAGCGCAGCGAGCACCGCCGCGCCCUUCCCGUUCCACCUCUCCCAGCACAUGCUGGCAUCUCAGGGAAUUCCAAUGCCCACUUUCGGAGGCCUCUUCCCCUACCCCUACACCUACAUGGCAGCAGCAGCCGCAGCCGCCUCUGCUUUGCCUGCCACUAGUGCUGCAGCUGCCGCCGCCGCAGCCGCCGGCUCCCUGUCCCGGAGCCCCUUCCUGGGCAGUGCCCGGCCCCGACUGCGUUUCAGCCCCUAUCAGAUACCGGUCACCAUCCCGCCUAGCACUAGCCUCCUCACCACCGGGCUGGCCUCCGACGGCUCCAAGGCUGCUGGCGGAAACAGCCGGGAGCCUAGCCCCCUGCCCGAGCUGGCUCUCCGCAAAGUAGGGGCCUCAUCCCGCGGUGCCCUGUCGCCCAGUGGCUCGGCCAAGGAGGCAGCCAAUGAACUGCAGAGUAUCCAGAGACUGGUGAGUGGGCUGGAGAGCCAGCGAGCCCUCUCCCCAGGUCGGGAGUCGCCCAAGUGAGGGGCUGCCCAGCUGCUCCCCUGCCACGCAGGCCACCCGGGCUGCCUGCCCCUGCUGCUUGGGACGUGUACAGCAUAGAAUGGGUAUUUAUUUAAAUAAAAGAGAAAAGUGGGCUGCAGCAGCCGGAAUAGAGCCUCGUCUGGCAAGUCGGGGCCUGGGACACUUCCCUGGGCCUCAACAAAGAUCAGGCUGCCGGAAACACAGUCACUUGGGGGCUGCUGGGCUAGAUCCAGAUCCGCUCCAGCGUCAAGGUGGCAUCCGAAGGUGUCUCUGGUCUUCCAGCGAGGUGGGAGAGGCCUCAUCCAGGGCCCGGCGGUCCCUGCAGAAGCCAGAAGGUGCAGGGGCCAGGGGUGGGAGCAUCGGAGGGAGUCCCAGAGCCCUGGACCUUGGGCCUAGACCGCGUGAGAAAACUGGGUUGAGGGAUGCUGGAACCAGUUACGACUGAAGUCAGUGUAGACCUGAGCUGGGAGGGAACCUGUUAAGUCUACCCACCUCUUCCCUGAAGAGACAGGCCCCCCUCCCAGCCCUGGUCAACGGAGGGAGUGGCACUUCUCUGCCUUGAGUCCCCAGGGGGAAAAAAAAAGAUAUUUAUGAAAUAAAUGGUAAUUUGUGUAAAUAAGCUUUAAGGUUCCCAGAAUAUGCAAAUUGGUAUUAAUUUAUUCAAAGGUGUACAUUGCUGUGUACAUAUAUUUAGAGAUUAACUCAUACAUUUUAAAAUUUUUUUCAUUUUACAUGAGCAUCUAUAUUGUACAGGGCUUGGGGGGCCCUUGGCUGCGGGAGAAGGCCCAGAACCCUGGAGGAGCCACCACCCCGCCGGCCCCCCGACCCCUCGGCCCCUCCGCCCGGGUUUGGCUCCCCCGGCCCGCGGGCUCCACCUCAGGUUUUCACUUUUCGCCCCGGAGCGAGAACGAAACGACAAAAACGCGAGAAAACAAUAAAACGCUACAAAGCGAA